UGUUGUAACCGACGUACUACGAAAAUACUACAACUUCCUGUGAAAUUGUUUUGAAUUUUCGCUAAAAGAUUUUUUGGAAAACACAUUUUCGCUUAUUUUUCAGUGUUAAUUAAUUAUCGAUGUUGUGGGAGAUAUAACUAAAUGGACAUUACUUCAGAAUUAUUGACAAACUAACAAAAGUUAAUCAAGAUGACAGCAAUGGAUUUUCUACCAAGUGACUUGGAACACAUGAAUACAAACUUUCUUGAUAUGAUAGAAAGCGAAGCGAAUUCCCACCUUCUAGACAUAGACAACUUAAAUUCAGACAAGUUGAACGAUAUCAUAAAUGGCGACAUGAUGCAUGACUCUGGAAUGGAGUUUGACAAUGAAGAUAUGAAUAAUUCCAACUGGUUCCACAGCUUACAGUGGAACGACUCUUCAAAAGUGCCUCAAAGUUUAAUUGAUGCAUCUAAUGAAGUAGAAAAUAAUAACCCUAACUUACUAGUCAACCCACAAAGUGUUCUGCCAAUGCAUUCAAUGCAGCAAGUACAAAAUAAUAAUCCAAUUCAACAGAUGAAUAAAAUAAACACUCGCAAUGUAAUUUCUGUGAAAAUAAAUGGACAAGAUGCUGUGCUAACUCCAACAAACCAUCCGCAAAUUCAAUAUGUAACUGUGCAAAAUAUAACAAGCAUAAACAAUUCUCAGAUUGGAUAUACAGUGCAGCCAAUCUCAAUUUGUGCUCAACAGUUGCAUAGUGUAGGAACCAUCACGUCACCAUCCUUAACAUCACCAGUGCUAGUUGAACAUUUACAAAAUGGAACACAAACUCAGAUAUUGAAUAUCAACAAUAAUAAAGUGCGGUCUCAACAAUUGCAAGACAAGGUAUAUCCAAAGCCUGUGUACUCAUACAGCUGUUUGAUUGCAAUGGCCUUGAAGAACAGUAAAACUGGGAAUUUACCUGUCAGUGAAAUAUACAACUUCAUGAUCGACAACUUUCCAUACUUCAAAACUGCACCAGAUGGAUGGAAGAACUCAGUGCGUCACAACCUCUCAUUGAACAAGUGCUUUGCAAAGGUGGACACUGGCAAGCCCACAGGUCAGCACACACGUAAGGGUUGCCUCUGGGCUCUCAACCCGGCAAAAAUUGAGAAAAUGGAGGAGGAGAUUGUCAAGUGGAGGAAAAAGGACCCUGAGUCAGUCAAACUGUCUAUGUCCAAACCAGAAAAUCUUGAGCUGAUAGAGCAGGGGAAGGCAGGACCCCCAAGGCAUAGCAAUGAGGAGCUGUCGAGCCCUGUUAAACAGCCUGAUCCUGUGAUUCCAAUGCAUGUGACCCCUAUAAAGGCUCGCAACCUCGUGUCCAAUGUGGUCAGGGCGUGUAACGGCCAGGUAACAGUCAUCACUCGUGAGGCCCCCGCACUGAAUCCGAAGUUGGAGCCGGAGAUAAAUGUGACUGAUGUGAAUCCAUACGAUCCUCCCAUGUCUGGUAUUGGAGUGCAGACCAACCUGUGGGAAGAUGAGCUCAGUAUAUCAGUGGGGAACAACACAAACAACUCGAUGAUGUCACCAGUGGGAUCACCAUCGUACAACGGCAAUCAGUACCAUGGCAACAUCACAUAUACAUGUAUGAGCCCCCAGACUGCCCGCAGUCCGGUCCCAAAUAUGACCCCUACCAAGCUGUACACACAGACACCCACCAAGAUAUAUCCGCAGACCCCGUCCAAACUUGUGUUCGCCUAGUCAGGUGCUUGGUUUUGCAAGCAAAUGUAUUCAAAUCUGUAUUCCAGUGCUCCAGCUAGGCCUAAAUUUGAGGGUGCCCCGCACUUUCCUCCCGAACCUCCGCCCUGCCCUCCCGAACCUCCGCCCCCCCC